AUGUCUGCCAAAGCCGAAAAGAAACCAGCUGAAAAGAAGCCAGCUGCCAAGAAGACUUCCUCUUCCGUCGAUGCCUCCAAGAAGAGAACGAAGGUCAGAAAGGAGACUUACUCCUCGUACAUCUACAAAGUUUUGAAGCAAACCCAUCCAGACACCGGUAUCUCUCAGAAAUCCAUGUCCAUCUUGAACUCUUUUGUUAACGAUAUCUUUGAAAGAAUCGCCACAGAAGCCUCCAAGUUGGCUGCUUACAACAAGAAGUCUACCAUCAGUGCAAGAGAAAUUCAAACCGCAGUUAGACUGAUCCUACCAGGUGAAUUGGCUAAGCACGCCGUCUCUGAAGGUACUAGAGCCGUCACCAAGUACUCUUCGUCCACUCAAGCUUAA